AUGUCAACAACCGAGAACACAACAACUGCUAUCGUUCAUGAAGCUAUAAAUGAAGAAUAUGAGUGGGUUCAGUUUAACAAACAACUCCGUCUCAUUCGUUCGGUCAAAGAUGACAUGUACCAAAUGCAAAGUAUUUUGACAGCAUGUUUUGCUCCAGAUACUAAGAAACCACAAGACUGGUUUAGGAACCAAAGCACACAAGAACUUUUGAGCGAAGCACAGCGAGACAUACUUUUUUCUGAAAACAGUGAAGAACAGCGACUACGAGAAAAAUCUUACUCGCCAAAACUCUAUGAAAACAGUGAAGAACAGCGAGUAAGUAAAAAACCCCAGUCGCCAAAACUCUAUGAAAAUCGUGAAAAAUUGCCAAAUGGUUUGAGAGGAUAUUAUGUUCAUAGACUUCUCGUAAAUAAUGUGGCACAAUGGGCUUCAGCUCGCUAUUCAUGGUAUGUUU